CUACCCCUUUCCAUUGACCUUGUGCCUAAGUGCUUCGUGUUGGGUUGUUACUCCGACUUGGGAUGGAGGCUGAGGCUAGCUAUGAUUUUGUUGCCAACGCUGAAGAUGAACUUGGAUUUAAAAAAGGAAGUCUCUUAAAGAUACUAUGUGUGGAAGACGAUCCUAACUGGUACCUAGCCGAACAGGAAGGCCGAACAGGUUUAAUACCGUGCAAUUACAUCACAAUGCGUCCUCACCCUUGGUACAUCCGACACUGUAGUCGUAUGGAAGCCGAAGAAAGACUUCAAGAAAUUGAUCAAGAAACAGCACAACAUUUGCAACCAGAUGGAGCUUUUAUAUUGCGUCAAAGUGAAGCAGACGGUAAAGGAUUUAGUUUGUCUGUCAAACAAGGUUGUGAAGUUCUUCAUUUUAAAGUACUUCAAGACGAAGCUGGAAAAUAUUUUUUCUGGUUAUCUAAAUUUGAUUCCAUUAACCAAUUAAUUGAUCAUCAUCGAAAGACAAGUAUAUCACGUAAUCGUUUAUUGACUUUGGUUGAUCUUGUCCCAUCUAAGCGUUUCCCUACUAAUGUACGAAAAUAUCAACUUGAUCGAGUUAUAGCCCGGUUUGAUUUCGAGACCAAAGGUGCCGGUGAAUUAUCUUUACAUCGUGGUGAUGUUAUCGAAGUGAUUAAUCGUAAUGAUGAAAAUUGGUGGCGUGGUCGUACAUCCGAUGGACGAUGUGGCCUAUUUCCAUCAAAUUUUGUAGAUGAUUUACCUUCAGUCAUAUAAAUAAAUUUUCAGUAAAAUAUUGCUUUAGAAACUAGUAAGUAACUAAUCAAUCAUUCACAAAUGUUGCCUCGUUAACUUUCUUUUAUACUUUAAAAUCUUUCUAUGUAUGUGUGUGUGAGUGUUUGGGCAUAAGCAUCCCUAGUUUCUGUAAACAUAUACAUGUAGCUCUCUUUUUCUCUCCGUUUAUCUUACUGACAAGGAUUUAACCUCGUUCAGCUUUGUAUUCAUAUACUCCUUUCCAAUAGCUAUACAUACAUUUAUCAUAUUAAUUAUCGUGAAAAAGAAAGAAUAGAUGAACAACACGUGCAUAUAAUUUACAUAAUAGAGCACAAUAAACCUCUUUGCUUGUUUGUUUGUUUUAUAUACUGUUCUUUGUCCAAUUUCUUUGUGUCUUUUUUUCUUCAAAUAUUGAUUUAUCUUCUUAAAAUCUAAUCGAAAAUAUAAGAAGAACAAAUCAAGUAAAUAUUUACAAAUAAAAAUGUUAUUAGCAUAUUAAGUACUAUAAUAAUUUAUUUCAAUAACAUUCAAUGUUUUUCACUAGUUGUUGGGGCUUCUUAUUUGCUCGCCUUGAUUUAUUAUUAUUAUUAUUAUUAUUACUA